AUGGCCGACAGAGGAUUUAGGGAUCCUGCAGAGGCCUCUCAAAAGGAUUUGGAAAAUGACCCAUCAAUAAGUUCUCAGGCACCGGAGACCUCAGUCCCAGCAAGUACCACUGAGGAAGCUGAGACCCCAGACCCCGCCUCUGGUCUUAACGAAGUCCACCAAGAGGUAGAAACAAUAGUUCCAGGAAGUGCAGACACAGAUGGCCAAUCAGAAAGUCCAGAUGGGACCGAUUAUGGGAACUAUCCAAAGGACAAAACAGAACGUGAGAACAACCAGAGUUUUCGGGAAGAGCAGAACCCACCAGAACCCACCUGUUCUCCAAGUGGCAGGGUGGGAAGAGAAGAUGCACUCUUAAGGAGCGGCUCUGCAGCCCUGCCUGAGGAGGUGAGCAGCGGACCUGGAGUUUCACCCGAGCCACCUGCCACAGACUCUCAGGAUGCCCAGAGCCCUGAGCAUUCCCCCGCAGUGCUGGAGAGCCAGGCUACCGUGAGGAGGCGACUGCUGGCACCAGAGGCUGAAAGUCAUCAGCAAGAAACACAAGAGUUAGAAGAAAACAAAGAGAAUGCACUUGAUACCAUAAGAAAGAUGAGUGAAAAGAAUCAAAGACCUUAUGGCUCCAUCAUUUUUGGCAUCCUGGUUAUGGUUUUUUUGCUAAGUUGUGUUAAUAGCUAUUUCUCUCCAGCCCAGCAAGUGCCCAAAAAUCCAGCUUUGGAGGCCUUUUUGGCUCAGUUCAGCCAAUUGAAGGAUAAAUUCCCAGGCCAGAGUUCCUUCUUGUGGCAGAGAGGACGUAAAUUUCUCCAGAGGCACCUCAAUGCUUCAAACCCUACUGAGCCGGCCACCAUCAUAUUUACAGCAGCUCAAGAGGGAAGAGAGACCCUGAAGUGCCUGAGUCACCUCGUUGCGGAUGCCUACACCUCCUCCCAGAAAGUCUCCGCCAUUCGGAUUGAUGGGGCUGGAAGAACCUUGGAGGACAGUGACACCGUCAAGCACUUGGUUGACGUGGAGCUGAGCUCAGGAUUUGAGAAUGGCCAGAAGGCUGCUGUGGUACACCACUUUGAAUCCCUUCCUGCGGGCUCUACCUUGAUCUUCUACAAGUAUUGUGACCACGAGAAUGCCGCCUUCAAAGAUGUGGCCCUGGUCCUGACUGUUCUCCUGGAGGAGGAGACAUUAGAAGCAAGUGUUGGCCCAAGGGAAACUGAGGAAAAAGUGAGAGAUUUACUCUGGGCCAGGUUUACCAAUUCUGACACUCCCCGCUCCUUCAACCACAUGGACUCGGACAAACUGAGUGGGCUCUGGAGCCGCAUUUCACACCUGGUGCUGCCCGUCCAGCCCGUGAGGAACAUUGAAGAACAGGGGUGCCUUUUAUAAGCUAAGCACAGAGCUGGUUUCUGAAGGCCUGGAUUUAUUAAAAAAUCAGUUUAAAAACCUCUUUCUGUGGAAGGAGGUUGAUGAAAAUCCUGGAAAGCACAAAUGAGCUUAUUUUAGAAAAGAAUUUUCAUUUUUUUAACUUUUGUACUAUCUUCCUAAGUUUGACAAAACUCGGGCCUUUCAAGCAAAUCAGGUUUAAAAUAUGCAU